CAUUCUGAAAGCAGACGAUGUUUAUUUUGUUUUUAAAAUUUAAUCAUAAGAAAAACACAAAAAAAUGGAGACAAAAGUGGAUUUUUUCUGUAGUAAUGUAAUACCUAAUAAUUCAUUUCCCGUCCUUUCAACUGACGAUAUUGAUGUCGCUUUCCAGGGCGACAUUGUCAGCCAUCAUGCAAGUGGUCAUUCUGCCAUGUUUAACUGGAGCAAAAUUACUACCCCACCACCACAAAGUACAAAACUACAAAUGUUUAGAACACCACAAUUUCACAGUUCAAUUUUUAAAGUACCCCCUCAGCUGCUCCGUACACCAAAUGUGUCUAGCUAUUUGAAUAUACCAAGUACACCAGCACUGUUGAAAGGUUUUGAAGUUUCUUCCUUUACAUCGCCAUGUCCCUCUUUGAGAUCUGUGAAGUCGAAUUAUGACAGUUUUGUUAUACCAACUCCAAUGAUAUUUAGCUCUUUAAAAUCACUGGCGAGACCUUCAGAUGGUGCCAUUGGACCAGAUAUAUUACAACUUAUAGAAGACGACAGUAAAGAUGUAGAGUAUAUAGAUAUCAAAAUAAAGGAAAACAAUGAAGAAAUCAAUGAUAAUAAUAUAGUAGAUUAUGUUCUGAACAUCACAGAAGAUACAGAGAAUUCCAGUACAGAAAAUAUACCCAAACCUCAGGAACCACCAGACGUACCUAUUUAUAUUAAGCGAAGGAAAGGUCGACAUGCUAAACGAAUGACGGAGGAAGAAUCCAUAGCUUACCGAGAAAGACGCCAAAAGCUUGAGAAGGAAAGACGAAAAGAGAGACUAGCUGCUUACAGUAAAGAGGAAAAGGGCAUAACUAGACGGAGUAAACGAAGUCAAAAUAAAAAAGUCUCCUAUAAAUACAGAUGAUUUUAUAGAAUAAAAACAGUAACAGAUGAUU